AUUAAUAUGUAAGCCACAGCUUCAUAUUUCCUGAUCGAUUCAGUAAAACGAAUUGUAGUGUACUCAGUAUAAUUGGCGGUAUUUAAACAAUUAUAAAAAAUAAUGAUUGAGAAUAAGUGUAACAAAAAAGAAGAAGCAAAUGAGAGUGAGGAUAAAGCUACAAUUAGUUACUUUCGAUUGUUUGAAUAUGCGACCACAUUGGAUAAAGUAUGUAUGUUAUUUGGAGGAAUAUGUUCCAUCUGCAGCGGAGUUGCCCAGCCUCUUGCAAUGAUAUUAUUUGGUGAUGUAACUGGAUGUAUAAUAGCUUAUGCCUCGUUAUACAAUAAUUCAUUGACUCAAGAUCAAAAAGACUCGUUAACCGAAGAUCUAAAUUAUGGUAUUUGGAAAUAUGGUAUCCAAACAUUUGGAAUCGGCUUAGGAGUUAUUAUCACCACAUAUUUAUCCAUGGUUCUUUUCAGUUAUAGCGCUGUUCAACAGAUUCUCAAAAUAAGGAAGCAGUUUUUUGAAAAAACAUUGAAUCAAGAUAUUGCCUGGUUCGAUAUGAACAGAACUGGUGAUUUUGCAACAACCUUUACCCAUAAUAUUUCCAAAAUUGAAGAUGGAAUCGGCGAUAAAAUUGGAACUUUCUUAUUUUUCGAGUCAUCUUUUGUAGCUGGAAUUAUAUUAAGUCUUGCAAAAGGAUGGAAGCUGGCAUUGGUGUGCAUGGUAUCACUUCCUUUGUCCACAAUUCUUAUGGCGUUAAUAUCAUGGGUAUCUACGAAAUUUUCAGAAGAAGAAAUGGAGUCUUACGGAGCUGCUGGUGCAAUAGCAGAAGAAGUUUUGAGUUCUAUAAAAACCGUUGUUGCAUUCGACGGCCAACAAAAAGAGUUGACCAGAUAUGAUAAACAUCUGAUCAAUGCCAAGAAGAACAAUCUGAAACGAGGUUUCUUCAAUGCUCUAAGCAAUGGGUGCUUGUGGUUUUUUGUAUACGCAUGCUAUGCCCUAUCAUUUUGGUACGGAGUUAAGCUAAUUCUUGAGGAAAGACACCUACCCCCAGAAAAACAAAUUUAUACCCCAGCAAAUAUGAUUUCAGUAUUCUUUUCUACUUUGACAGCGACUUGGAAUUUUGGAAUGGGAGCUCCACUAGUGGAAAUCUUUGGCACAGCGAAAGGAGCGGCACAUAAAAUUUUUGCUGUUAUAGACAGUGCGCCAAUAAUAAAAAAAGAUGUUAAUGUUGGUAGAACAUUGACGAAUUUUUCUAAGGAUAUUACAUUUGAAAAUGUAUACUUUGAUUAUCCCUCAAGACCAGAUGUGAAAAUACUCCGAGGUUUUAACCUGAAAAUAAAUAUUGGAGAGACAGUUGCUCUUGUAGGAAGUUCCGGAUGCGGAAAAUCAACUUGUAUUCAAUUACUUCAGAGAUUUUACGAUCCAGUUGAAGGCAGAAUAAAAAUUGAUGAUAUAGACAUAAAGGAUUUUAAUUUGGAUUGGAUGAAGCGGAAGAUAGCGGUUGUAAGUCAAGAACCGGCUCUCUUUGGUACAACUAUUGCAGAGAAUAUAAGAUAUGGAAGAUUGAAUGCUACACAAUUAGAUAUUGAAGAAGCCGCAAAAAAAGCCAACGCACACAAAUUUAUUUGUGCUUUACCCCAUGGGUACCAAACGGUUAUUGGAGAAAGAGGUGCUCAGUUAUCUGGAGGACAAAAACAAAGAAUAGCAAUAGCUAGAGCUUUAGUAAGGCGUCCAGAAAUUUUGCUUCUAGAUGAAGCAACAUCUGCUUUGGAUACAACUAGUGAAGCAGAAGUUCAAGCUGCUUUGGACUCGAUUAGUGGAACUUGUACCACCAUAAUAGUAGCACAUCGUUUGUCGACUAUAAGAAAUGCUCAUCGUAUUGUUUUCAUAAACCAAGGAAUAGUAUCAGAAAUUGGAACACAUGCGGAACUCAUAGACAAGAAAGGAUCUUAUUACAAUAUGGUUGUAUCUCAAGGAAUAACUGAUGUGAAAGAAUGUAAAGGAGAUGAAGAAAUCACUGGAGCCUUCAAUGCCGGAAAUAAACUUAUCACAGAAGAAGCAGAACAGCGGGAAAAGGAAGAGACUAUAUCAGAUGUUCAACAAUCUGCAGUUAAAAAAAUUUUAUGGAAAAUAAUGGAGAUAAAUGCCUCGGAUUGGCACUACAUCGUUUUGGGGUGUUUAUCAUCGUUAGUAACAGGAGCUUGCUUACCAAUAUAUGCAGUUGUUUUUGGAGGACUAAUUGGAGUUUUUGCAAAUAAUGAUGAUGAAAAACUAAGGAGCGAAAGUAAUAUUUACUGUUUAUAUUUUCUUAUUAUAGGUAUUGUGACUGGAAGUGCUAUGUUUAUUCAGAUGCUUACGUUUUCUAUAGCUGGAGAAGGAUUGACUAUGAAAAUUAGACACCGAACUUUUGCAACUAUGCUGAAACAAGAAAUUAGUUGGUACGAUAGAAAAGAAAAUGGCGUAGGGGCGUUAUGUGCUCAAUUAGCUAGUGAUGCUGUUUCUGUUCAAGGAAUAGCCGGUGUACAAAUUGGAACUAUAUUGAACUUCAUGUCGACGUUCAUAUUAACAUUUGCGUUUUCUUUUUAUUUUGAAUGGAGCACAACGUUGGUUUUGAUGUCAGUGUGUCCUCUCAUAUUCUUUUCGAUUUAUUUUGAACAAAAAAUAAUGCAAGAAGAUGCUCGGAAGAAUCAAAAGAUGUUAGAAAAAUCUUCCAAACUUGCUGUCGAGACUAUAAGUAAUAUAAGAACAGUGGUAUCGUUGGGUUGCGAAGCAGUUUUUCUAGAUAAUUUUGUUAAAGAGUUACUGCCGUAUCUAAAGAUCGCGAGGAAAAAAUCACAUUUCCGUGGUGUUGUUCUGGGAAUGGCAAGAAGUCUAAUGUUGUUUGCCUACGCUGCUGGAAUGAAAUAUGGUUCAACUCUAAUUAUCUCUGGUAAAAGUGAUUAUGGGACAAUUUUUACUGUUAACGAAGUUAUGAUAAUCGGCACAUGGUAUCUAGGAAAUUCUAUGUCCCUUUCACCAAACUUUCAAAAAGGUUUUACAGCAGCAUCCAGGAUAAUUUCCCUUCUAGAAAGAGUACCGACCAUUAGAAAUAUCCCAAAUCCAUUGAAAUCUUUAUGGGAAGACGAGACCAUAAAAUAUUCUCAAAUCCACUUCUCAUAUCCAACAAGGCCAUCAGUACCAAUAUUAAAUGCUUUAAAUUUAAAAGUUCCAAAAGGAAAAACGGUGGCAUUAGUUGGAUCAAGUGGUUGCGGCAAAUCUACCAUCAUUCAAUUAUUAGAACGGUUUUAUGAUCCAAGUUAUGGAGAAAUUAUUGUAAAUGAAACUGAUACAAGAAAAAUGAACCUGCAAACGUUAAGGACUCAGUUGGGAAUAGUAUCACAAGAACCGAAUUUAUUCGAUACAACUCUGGCCGAGAACAUAGCUUAUGGAGCUAAUCAUCUGAAAUUAGAUAUGAGCGCUAUAGUUGAAGCUGCAAAGUGUGCGAAUAUACAUAAUUUUAUUUCCUCACUUCCUUUGGGUUACGAAACCAAAGUGGGGAAUAAAGGUACACAAUUAUCUGGCGGACAGAAACAACGAGUCGCUAUUGCUAGGGCUUUGGUGAGAAAUCCAAAAAUUCUUUUACUUGAUGAAGCUACUUCAGCAUUGGACAACGAAAGUGAAAAAGUUGUGCAAGAAGCUUUGGAUAACGCAAGGCAAGGUCGAACUUGCAUUACAAUAGCCCAUCGUUUGACAACGAUUCAAGAUGCCGAUAUAAUUUGUGUUCUGGACGGAGGUUUUGUUGUGGAGAUGGGAACACAUGAUGAUCUUCUUGAAAAAAGAGGAUUGUAUUACAAAUUUUACAAACUACAAUCUGUUAAAUAUUAAGAAGUGCUCGUCGAUGAUAACGACGAUGUGAAGUUUGAUGAUUUGAGGAUAGAUGUUCAAAAUUUAGACCUAUGUUCAGUACUUUCUGUGUAAUAAAAAUAUAUUUUAUUUUAUUGGAUCAAAAAUAAUAACAAUUUUUACGAAGUUGAGAACAUAGAAUGUCUUAUCCUCCUCGGAUGUGAGUUAAAUGAAUAAAAAUACCAAUUCCCAGAUGAA